AACAUUCAACUACCCUAUCAUUGAUGUGUGUACUCAACAUAGUACAAUUUCAGCUUCCAUUCGCUGAUAGUUAUGGGUUUUCCACAAACGCUCAUAUGUAUGCGAUGGAUAUAUCUCUUCUAUCACUUAUAUCACCAUGUCAGGUAUAUAUCUAGAGGCCAUGAGCCGAUUUACUCUUUCUCUUUCUGUUUCCCUUUCCCUCAAACCAACUCUGUCCCUUAAAUCAACCCUACACCACAAUGUUUCGACAUACGCCUUUAUGCCAGAGAUGUCAAUUUCAUAAAUGCAAUGAUUCAAUCUGGGAGGCAGUGAUGAAUACACCUGGAGCAACGCGCCCCACGACUGAAUUUUGGCCAAGCUACGGAGUAAUCCCCAUCGACUACUGGCUUCAAGACACAUUGCCUGAUUUACCAGAGCUCUCCGAGUCUGCUCGGGGUGGUUGCCACUUUUGCUCUGUGCUAAGGGAAGCCAUCCAGAAUCAUGGACGAAAUUCUUAUCAAAAGGUUCACAUAUCUUUUUUCUAUUUAUGGGAUGUCUCCGAUUUAGUUGGGAGAUCGGGUGAUAUUACUCAGCUCAAGCUGGUAGCACAGAUGGUAUGGACUAGGAACGAUGAGAUAGAUAUGACAUAUCUACACUUCCUCGAGAAUGGACCCCUGAGAGGAACCGGUACCCGAUGGGUUGGGCUAGAACUCCCUAAGAGUGAUCGUACCCUAUGUGCCGAGAACAUUGAGAUGAUUAUGAGAAACAUCAAAACUAGCAGUUAUAAAAGAUCGUCCAUGAAUGGUGAUAUAUAUCCGACUCGUCUAAUCGCCGUUGGGAACGAAGCGUGUGAUCCAUGUCGACUUGUUGAGACCAAAUAUGACCCCACAUUCUCGCAGCCGACCGAGAUAUCCUAUACGGCCUUGAGCUACUGUUGGGGUCCCCCGGAAGACGCCUCCAUACAGUUCAAAACAGACCGAUGUUCCUUGAACAGUCGACUGAACGGCUUCCAGGUCGACCAAGUCUCCCCAAUCCUUCGCGACGCCAUUGAAGUCACCCGAGCCCUGAAGAUACCAUAUAUCUGGAUCGAUGCAAUUUGCAUAGUCCAGGAUGAUCUGAAGGACUGGGAUAGGGAGUCUUCACGGAUGGCACUCGUGUACCAGAACGCUACGCUAACCAUUUGUACACCUGCUUCUACGACUUGCCAGCAAGGAUUCCAACAAAGAGCUUUGAACACGACCAGGGUAGAACCCGAACCCCCAGCCGAUCUAUUCGUGUCAAGAUGGAUUGAGCUGCUCUGGGAUAUCGAGUAUAGCACUUGGGCUUCGCGAUCAUGGGCACUCCAGGAAUUCAAAUUAUCGCAACGAGUUCUCAUGAUUGGUAGUACUAGAAUGCACGUAUUGACCACGUAUGCGGAACCAGAAGUUUCUGAACCGACUCAGUCCGAAGGUUCUUGCACAAAAGUCGCAAACAGCGGAAGAAUGCUACCUAGCCGGCUAAACUUACAAGACUAUCACGAAUGGAUCCUUCUGAUUGAGAAAUACUCGCGACGGAAGCUCACAAACGACACCGAUAAACUUCCGGCCGUUUCAGGGUUGGUAAAUCGACUACUUGGUGACUGCUCGCAGGGAUACCUCGCAGGCCAUCUGGUUCCACACUUUGACUUAUAUUGGUCCGCCGAGCUUAAGAAGAAAUAUCAGGUGCGCAAGGAAACAUUGAUCGAGGACUUGCAAUCUCCAAAGCGGUACCUCGCACCAUCGUGGAGUUGGGCCAGCCGAAGCCACGAUAUUGACUUUGGCCAUGCUGGGCUUGCUCCCUUGCCAGGUCAGACGAGCUAUGCGUCGGUCAUCAACGAAGAAUGUAUCAUAACUCGCACCUCAGUCUCGUUAGCUGGCGCGAACCCCUUGGGCAGGGUGAAAAGCGGGAUAUUGACUAUCCACGGAGUAGUCAUACCGGUCCCAUCAACCACGCACCCGCACGAGGGAUAUGCCGUUAUGUAUGAAGGGAACAAUAGUCGUACCCGUAUAGCGAAUAUUCAUCUGGAUUGGAACGUGUCGGAAGACGGUGAGUCCUUACAAGGGCUUUCGCUACUGCUGCUUGGAAGUUACAAUAAGACCGAUUGGAGUAAAAAACCACCACGUGCAUUACCACUACCUACGGGUGACGAGGGGAAAGGAUGUACGACGUGGACUAAUACACACACCAAUUGUGACAAAAGCAGUCACUCUCUAGAAAGACGAUCCAAAUCCAGCCCGCUAAGAAAGUGGGCAGAGAAGAAGAAAAUGGAGCGUGAACGACAUCACCAUGAUACAACCAACAAUGCAGCAGACGAAAAGGAAGAUGAAGUUACGAGAACGGUACUAUCACUAGACUUUUCCGAGUACUCCACCAACUCGGACCGGUGCUGCAACAUGAACUCGUCGUCGAGAAUCGGAGAUAAGAACAGGUCGGCCUAUGGGCUCGUCAUCCACCCUGCGUCAUCGCAGCCAGGAAAGUAUCUUCGAGUCGGGACGUUCUAUGCGUUUGCGGAGGAAGGUGGUGGAUUGAAAUACUUUUGGGAUCGCCCGGUGCGGACUGUGGAGAUUAUUUAGGCAGGUACCUAAAUAGGGAGAGAGGAUAGGAAGAUUCACACGACUAUUACUGGGCAAGGCUGGUAUACUUGCACUUGUGGGGGAUGCUAACUGUACGAGGUAUCGAAUUGUUGAGGCUGAGAUAGAGAUCCUGCUGGAUAAGGACUUUUAUAUUUAUAGUGUCGCUACUACUAGAUAUAUACAGCGAUGGUUGCUAUGUAGUUGUAGAGGAUUUUCGCUCAGGAUAUGUGCCCAUCUAUAUACCUAGUAACUAUACCAAUCUCUAUUUUAACAAUCUUACCAAA